AUGGUUAACGAACGUGCGCCUCCCAAGGCUCCCCUACAUUCCAUCAACCCAAAUGGCGAGAAUGCAUCCCGCGAGCUCUCUCCUGACGACGAUAUCACCGCCCUUGUUCGUGGUAUGAACUCGGUCAAGGGCAACGUCCGCGGGGACAUGAAUGACCCCUUCAACCCAACCGCCGCCACCAACACUCCCACAUUUGGCCAUCCCACAAAGAUGGUGUCCUCUCGUAAGCAGAGAGCAGACCCUUUCAUACGGCAAAAGACCCGACCCGAGCACCAUCUCGAUAACCGAAGCAGCAAUAGCGGUACCAGAAUCACAGGCCCAAGAGGUCCCGUAUACCAAGAUCGAAGACCACCGCCGUUGCCAAUGUUCAGCUCAGUGGCUCCCUCCGCACCACCAGUUGCAUCUUCGUAUGCACCUACAAGGAACUACGGCGAGGAAACUUUCUACACGGAUCCUGCAAAGGCAAGCGCCGAUCUGAAGGCUUUACUCGAGGGUGGGAUGGAAGAGGGCGAAGACGAAGCCGGCGAAAACCAAGCGGGUGGUGAGAAGAAACCAGAAGCUAACAAGGACGCUAAAGAUGGUACCGUGGAUGGCCUCAAAGUCAAGUUGCUACCCCAUCAAGUUGAAGGUGUUGAAUGGAUGCGGGGACGAGAGCUAGGUCCUGUCAAGCGAGGAAGAGUGCCCAAGGGAGGUAUUCUCGCCGACGACAUGGGUCUUGGAAAGACCCUCCAAACCAUUUCGCUCAUUCUCACCAACCAGAAACCAGCUAAGGACGCACCUGGUUGGAAGAAACACUUCGAAAAGAUUGAGAAGACGACACUUGUAGUGGCACCCUUGGCUCUGAUUCGACAAUGGGAACACGAAAUUAAGGACAAAGUGGAAAAAACCCAUGGUCUUAAGGUCUGUGUCCAUCAUGGGCCCAAUCGCACUAAAAGGUUUAAAGACCUUGCUCUUUACGAUGUUGUUAUCACAACCUACCAAAUUCUGGUUUCAGAGCACGGAAAUUCAUCUGACGCCGAGAACGGACUGAAAGCAGGCUGUUUCGGCUUGCACUGGUGGCGGAUUGUUCUAGAUGAAGCCCAUACCGUCAAAAAUCGAAACGCGAAGGCGACAAAGGCAUGCUAUGCCUUGAAUUCGGAGUAUCGAUGGUGCUUGUCUGGUACACCUAUGCAGAACAACCUUGAUGAACUGCAGUCUCUUGUCAAGUUCCUCCGCAUUCGACCUUAUGAUGAUCUCAAGGAAUGGAAGGAGCAUAUCGAUCUGCCCUUAAAGAACGGUCGAGGCCACAUUGCUAUUCGAAGACUUCACAGUCUUCUUAGAUGCUUCAUGAAACGAAGAACCAAAGACAUUCUCAAGGAAGAUGGUGCGCUCAACCCUGGUGGUAAGCCUUCCGCCAAAGGUGAAGGUUCUUCAACGGGUUUCAAGGUCACCGAGCGCAAGGUCGUUACUGUGGCGACUGCACUAUCGCCUGCAGAGCGCAAGUUCUACGAUCGACUGGCAGCUCGAGCGGACCGAAGUCUUGAGGAUCAGAUGAUGCAAGGCAAAGUCAACUACGCCAAUGCCUUGACUCUGUUGCUACGACUUCGGCAGGCUUGCAAUCACCCCAAACUUGUCGAAGGCAAGCUGGAAAAGGACAAGGAUGCAAUGUCCAUGGGCUCUACGCAGAAGAACCAAGACGCAGACAUCGAUGCCAUGGCCGAUAUGUUCGCUGGCAUGGGUAUUGUUUCCAAGGAUUGCAAUAUCUGCGGACGAGGCUUGAGUGGCGAAGAAAACAAGUUGGGCAAAGACAUCUGCUCUGAAUGCCACGCUGACCUGGCAUACUUUAACGAUCAUGAACGGGCGGAGAUGUCGGAGCGGCCAAAGAAGUCAAAGACAUCCAGGUCCAAGCGUAAGAACAAAAAAGAAAAGACGAAGAAGCAAGCUGUCAAAGAGGCCGUCGUGGACGAGAAGGUGGUCGCCAGAGACAUUGUCGAGGUCGGUGACGACGAUGAAGAUGUCGAAUCCUCCAAGGCAGCCCCAAGACGGCGUCACAACCGAAACGCUGUGGUCGAUAGCGAUGACGAGGACACAGCAUCGCCACAAAAGACCACCCGAAAGCCUCGGAACCGAGCCGCCAUCGUCGACAGUGAUGAUGAGGAUGAAGCCGAAGGUUCAUGGCUCGUGUCAGAAGACGAACGGGGUUCAAUUCACCUGGGAAAGGCCGGUGGCGAAGAAGAUGAAAAUGCAGAGGGCGGAGGUGAUUCCAUAGGACCCGAUGACUCUGAUGACGAAGAGAGCAAACUUGAAGAUAAAAGCAACUUAAGCAGUUUCAUCGAGAAUGACGAAACCACCGACAACCUUCGCCAAACGGAAGGCGACGCCUCCGACUCUGAUGACUCUUUGGCCUCCUUGACUGAUCUCACAAAGCGCAUGGCCGCCCAAACGUUGGACGAGAAGGCCCCCAAUGUUGCUGACACAUCGGCUGAGGAUACAGAUGCAGAUACGACUGCUGCCGAUACAACCGCCGCCGAUACAACUGCUGUCUCUGGCUCAUCUGCUUCGGACUCAGGCUCAGAGUCUAAUUCUGACUCUGAUUCUCAAUCCGAUGUUUCUGAUGUUUCUUCUGAAGAAGAUGACAGUGUUUUCUACCCUUCACGCGAUCCUGACUCUCCACAGGUCCUCGCUUCCUCCAAGAUUCGAGAACUCAUCAAGAUUCUCCAGAAGGAAGUGAAAGAACAUAAGUUCAUUGUCUUCUCCCAGUUCACAUCUAUGCUAAACCUAGUGGAGCCCUUCUUCCGCAAGGAGCGGUUCCGCUUCGUACGUUACGAUGGUAGCAUGAAGAAUGACGAGCGAGAAGAAAGUUUGCGAAAAUUGAGGAGCGAUCCUGAGACACGAAUCCUGCUGUGCAGUUUGAAGUGCGGUAGUUUAGGACUUAACCUUACAGCAGCGACCAGAGUGGUCAUUCUCGAACCUUUCUGGAAUCCAUUUGUUGAAGAACAAGCCAUCGACCGUGUCCACCGUCUCACACAAACGGUCGACGUAAUCAUCUACAAGCUCACUGUCUCCCAAACAGUCGAGGAGCGCAUCCUCGAACUGCAAGAGAAGAAACGCGAACUCGCCGAACAGGCCAUCGAGGGUGGCAUGCGCAAGGAGGCCCUCAAGCUCGGCCUCAACGAGAUCAUCAAUCUGUUUAAGACGGGUUCUUCUGCAGACAACCCUGCCGUGAUUGCUGAUACCUCCGAUGUCGCUGAUCGAAGCUUUGAUGGCAACGGACGCAGGACUGCGGCUUCGAUGCAAAGGCGACCAGAACGUCCGAAAAAGGAGGAAAGCUCUUUGUACGGCCGAAGAUGGUGA